UUCCUUUUAAGCAUUCUUCAUUUAAGCAUUUUUAGUGCAGUCUCCAGUGGGCAAGUCAUUCGGAACCGCUGGGGCUCAAUUCGGUUUCGAUUUCAUGUCCGACCUGGCUAAUUGAGCAAAUCCGCCAAAACGGCUUUUGUUGGCCCACUUCCGUUCGGCCUUGCUGGUGGUCGUAAUUAUAAAUGAAUUGCUGGUAGGGGCUGGGUGUUCGGUUUGCCUUUCGUUCGAACACCACUUUGUAUUUGGAGGCCUGCAGCUGGGAAAAGGGAAACGGGAAGAGGCAGUCAGAUGUUGGGAGUCGGGAGAUAUGGCAAAAAGUUGCGUGACAUUUGGCCAAUCCCUCGGGCGGCGUUUCCCAGACUGCUGGUGCUGCAGCUUUCCGAGAUUCGUGCCUUUUCGCAGGUCUUUCUGUUUGCCAUCGUCCAUCGCCAUUCGUUUGCUUUCAAUCUGCGACUGGAUGUUUUCAAUUUCUUUUGGAAUUUGUUUUCACGCAAAAAGCGAGCGAAUCAGCAGAAUUCCAUAACCCGCACCGUCGUUUGCCGACGGCCCACACAGUUGCAGAUACGGAUACGUAUACGGAUACGAAUACGGAUACGGAUUUAUGUGUACCUACCAGUACGUAUAAUGCUUUUUAUGUGUUUAUAUUUGAAGCGUUCGUCGCUGCCGGCGGCCUGCUCAUCGGUGUGGGUCACAGACUGUGACUUCUUGUAAAUAUUUUCCCAGUUCCGUGCUCCUGCGGCGGUUGUGGGAAAUGGUCCCGUAAACGUUUAAUAAAAUAUGAUUUCAAUUGAUUCGAAACUCGCAUUUAAACCGACUGCUGCUCCAGAUAUACAUAUAUACGUGUGCCGUCCCGCCGGCAAUCAAUAAAGCAAAAAACAAAAUGCCCCAAAGAGAGACUCAGCAUCCUUGUCCGCAUCCUUGUCCUCAUCCUCAUCCUCAUAUCAUCCUAGUCCGCAUCCGGAUCCUGUGCUGGUCCCUCGAGACGGGCGUUCGCCUUGACUUGGCCCUCGGUUAUCCGCUUAGAUCACUCAACUAAAAAACUCAAUUUGCAUAUUAAUAUUAUUUGGGUUUUUUCCCUGUUGUUUGGCCUUUCCUCAGCCCUUCAUCCUUUUAUCAAACAAGAACAAGAACAACAGGAACAACAACGGGCGGAGAAUCAACAGUAGUGAAUUGAAUUUGCUCUGCUCCGACGCCUUUUCGGUCGUCCCUUGAUUUCCAGGAUCCAGGAUCCGGGGCAUACCCACACAUGAGCAGCUGCUCCCAGGUGCAUACUUCAAGGCACUGCCUUCCUGUAGUCCUGAAGGGGGAAGCGAAGGUCCUGGCGCCUGUGUUGGUGGCCUACCUUCUACUUCCAGGUGAACAGGGCACAAAGGCCGAGCUGUCAGUCAGUGUGCCAGGGCAAUUUCGGUUUUAUUGGAAUUAUGUCAGUGUUAUUUUGGCAUAAUCAUAAAAAUGAUUGUUUGCGGUCGUCCGCCGAGACGGAAAUGCAAUGAGGCGAGUGAAUUUUUGGUAUGAUUUGAGUUUAAAGUCGAGCCACCCUUGAGACUAUUAGCCAUUAUCCUCAAUUACCUACUUGUUUAAAGCGAUACUUUUAAUCAAUUAAGUGCAUUUGAUGGCAUAUUAGGUAAAUUAAAACAGCUUUAAGAAAUUAUAAGUGACUUUAAGUUUAACCCAUCCCCAAAGCUUCGAUAAUCACGUGUCAAUUAACUCCGAGCUUUGCCAGUUGAUUGGAAUUUGAAAGCAAAUCAGCAACGGGGUUGGUUUUGUGACGGAUUUCGGUUUGGUUUCGUUUGGUUUCGAUUUCGGCUUUAUUUUGACAAACGCAAAUGAAUCUGAAUAAUUUAUGAUGGGGCCAUGAAUUUAAUAUUUCAUCAGGCCGGCGGCAAUUAAAAUUAGAAUAUAAAUGGGCGUCCACCCAGAGGGACGUCCAUCCAGUCAUGCCGUUCCAUCGCUACAGACCCCGUCUCCCCGGCGGAGAGUUGGCUCCGAUGCCGUGGCCUGUGUCCUUGUACCGUAUCCUCAACCACGUGGCCUGGCCCCUGGAGGCGGAGUCGGAGCUCUGGACCGUUUUGCUGGACAGGGUGAUGAUUUUUCUCGGAUUCCUGGUCUUCUGCGAGCACAACGAGGUGGACUUUCAUUACCUGAUAGCGAAUCGGCAGGACAUGGACAACCUGCUGACGGGCAUGCCCACAUAUCUGAUCCUGGUCGAGUUGCAGAUACGCUGCUUCCAGUUGGCCUGGCACAAGGAUCGCUUCCGGGCGCUGCUGCAGCGCUUCUAUGCGGAAAUCUACGUCAGCGAGGUGAUGGAACCACUCCUGUUUGCCAGGAUUCAAAGGCAGAUGCUGGCCACACGGGUCAAUUCGACCGUGUAUCUACUGACCCUGUUCAAUUUCUUCCUGGUCCCAGUGACGAAUGUCAUCUACCAUCGUCGGGAAAUGCUUUACAAGCAGGUUUACCCCUUCGACAACACCCAGUUGCACUUCUUCAUUCCGCUCCUGGUGCUCAACUUCUGGGUGGGCUUCAUCAUCACCAGCAUGCUGUUCGGGGAGCUAAAUGUCAUGGGCGAGCUGAUGAUGCACUUAAAUGCUCGAUAUGUCCAGCUUGGCCAGGAUCUCCGUCGCUCGGCACAGAGGCUGCUGAAGAGGAGUAGCUCUCUAAACGUGGCCACCGGCUACCGGUUGAUUUUGACCCACAUCCUGCGGAGGAAUGCCGCUCUGAGGGAUUUUGGCCAGCGGGUGGAGGACGAGUUCACCUUAAGGAUAUUCGUCAUGUUCGCUUUCAGCGCCGGACUGCUCUGCGCUCUGUUCUUCAAGGCUUUUACGAAUCCCUGGGCGAAUGUGGCUUACAUUAUGUGGUUCCUGGCCAAGUUUAUGGAGUUACUUGCCCUGGGAAUGCUCGGCUCUACUCUUCUGAAAACAACAGAUGAGCUGGGUAUGAUGUACUACACCGCCAACUGGGAGCAGGUGAUUCAUCAGUCGGACAACGUCGGCGAGAAUGUCAAGCUGAUGAAACUGGUGACCCUGGCCAUUCAACUGAACUCGAGACCCUUCUUCAUCACGGGACUUAAUUAUUUUCGAGUUAGUCUAACUGCCGUACUGAAAAUCAUUCAGGGCGCCUUUUCCUACUUCACGUUCCUCAAUUCAAUGCGAUGA